AUGUCCGAGGAAUCGUCAGCAGAUCGUAACGUAGAGAUAUGGAAGAUCAAAAAGUUGAUCAAAAGCUUGGAAAUGGCGAGAGGGAACGGUACAUCAAUGAUAUCUCUAAUAAUACCGCCGAAAGAUCAAAUAUCCCGAGUCUCCAAAAUGUUAGCAGAUGAAUUUGGCACAGCAUCCAACAUCAAAUCUCGUGUGAACCGUCUCUCUGUACUCGGCGCCAUCACGUCUGUACAACAUCGACUCAAGUUGUAUACAAAAGUGCCACCAAACGGCCUGGUAAUAUACUGCGGUACGAUCGUCACAGAGGAAGGCAAAGAAAAGAAAGUUAACAUCGAUUUUGAACCGUUCAAACCGAUAAACACAUCGUUAUAUCUGUGCGAUAACAAGUUCCACACGGAAGCUCUCACCGCUCUCCUGGCAGAUGAUAACAAGUUCGGUUUCAUAGUGAUGGACGGUAACGGCGCGCUGUUUGGUACGCUGCAGGGAAAUACUCGUGAGGUGCUCCACAAAUUCACGGUGGACCUGCCCAAGAAGCAUGGUCGAGGUGGUCAGUCGGCGUUGCGUUUCGCACGUCUCCGUAUGGAGAAGCGUCACAACUACGUGCGCAAGGUGGCCGAGGUGGCCACGCAGCUGUUCAUCAGCGCGGACAGGCCCAACGUGGCCGGCCUCAUCCUGGCCGGUUCCGCCGACUUCAAAACUGAGCUGUCCCAGUCGGACAUGUUCGAUCCGCGUCUUCAAUCUAAAAUCAUAAAGUUGGUGGACGUCUCGUACGGCGGUGAGAACGGGUUCAACCAAGCGAUCGAGCUGGCGGCCGAGUCGCUGCAGAAUGUCAAGUUCAUACAAGAGAAGAAGCUCAUCGGCAGAUAUUUUGAUGAAAUCUCACAGGACACUGGCAAGUACUGCUUCGGUGUGGACGACACUCUUCGCGCUCUCGAGCUUGGUGCAGUUGAAACACUCAUUUGUUGGGAAAAUCUUGAUAUUCAAAGAUAUGUCCUUAAAUCUCACGCAACCAACCAAGAAACUAUUUUGCAUCUCACUCCCGAGCAAGAAAAGGACAAGUCACAUUUCACAGAUAAAGAAAGUGGGGUGGAGCUCGAAUUGGUGGAAUGUCAACCGCUUUUAGAAUGGCUCGCUAACAACUAUAAGUCUUUCGGAGCUACAUUGGAGAUCAUUACGGAUAAGAGUCAAGAGGGCAGCCAGUUUGUACGCGGUUUUGGUGGGAUUGGCGGUUUGCUACGUUACAAAGUGGACUUCCAGUCAAUGCAGUUGGACGAUGAAGAGAUCGACAAUUUGUAUGAUAUAGACGAUUAU